AGGUAUGUCUCCCAGUUCCCGUUGAAUGAGUUGCUGUCAGUGGAAGUGGAAGAAGAAGACGGGACCCUUGUUCAUAAGUUUUGAUAAGGAGAUCCAGCUCCAAUGACAGGGGCUGAGAGAGGACCAGUCAUGCGUCUCUAUUUAGCACUGACACUGCAGGCGUUGUGGACUGGCGUUUGCCAAGCCGGCAUGCAGCACUACCCGGCAGCGUGGGGCCACUAUGACGUGUGCAAAUCCCAGGUUUACUCAGACGAAGGACUAACCUGGGACUACAUGGCCUGCCAGCCGGAGGCGGCAGACAUGACCCAGUACCUUAAGGUUAAACUGGAUCCACCCAACAUCACCUGUGGAAAUCCUCCUGAGACAUACUGCGCACUGGAAAACCCCUACAUGUGUAAUAAUGAAUGUGACGCCAGCACAGAGGAACUUGCCCACCCUCCAGAACUCAUGUUUGAUAUCGAGGGCCGCAACCCCACCACAUUCUGGCAAUCGACAUCCUGGAAAAGGUAUCCAAAGGCCCUCCUGGUCAACAUCACGCUGUCUUGGAACAAGACAAUCGAGCUGACAGAUGACAUCGUCCUCACGUUCGAGUCAGGCCGGCCCGAACAAAUGGUUCUGGAAAAGUCACUUGACUAUGGACGUACCUGGCAGCCAUAUCAGUUCUAUGCCACUGACUGCCUGGAUGCUUUCACCAUGGAGCCCAAGACAGUGCAGGAUCUGACCCAGCAUACGCUGCUGGAUAUCAUCUGCACUGAGGACUACUCUCGAGGUUAUGUUUGGAAGUAUGACAAAACAGUUCGCUUCGAGAUCAAGGACCGCUUUGCGCUGUUCGCCGGGCCUCGACUUCACAACAUGGCUUCUCUUUACGGACAACUGGACACCACUAAGAACCUAAGAGACUUUUUCACCAUCACAGACCUGAGAAUCCGACUGCUCCGACCUGCCACCGGUGCUACAAUGGUGGAUGAGAACAACCUGUCCAGAUACUUCUACGCUAUUUCUGACAUUAAAGUCCAGGGCAGGUGCAAGUGCAACCUUCACGCCAACAGCUGCGUGUUUGACAAAGAGAAGCUUAGCUGCGAGUGUGAACACAACACCACCGGGCCUGAUUGCGGCCGUUGCAAGAGGAACUACCAAGGCAGAGCGUGGAGCGCCGGCUCCUACCUGCCCAUCCCGAAAGGCACUGCAAAUAUAUGUAUCCCUAAUAACAUUGGUCCAGUUAUACGGCCGAAUGUCUCGUCCCUAGGUGUCGCUAACCGAAAAGAAGACUGUGAAUGCUUCGGCCACUCCAACCGUUGCAGCUACAUCGAGCUGCUAAACACGGUCAUUUGUGUGAGCUGUAAGCACAACACUAGGGGGCAGCACUGCCAGCUGUGCAAGCUGGGCUUCUUUCGCAAUGCUUCAGCAGAACUGGAUGAUGAAAAUGUUUGUAUAGAGUGUAAUUGUAAUCCCUUUGGCUCAGUCAGUGAUCACUGUAAUGGCACAGGAUAUUGUAGAUGUAAGGAGGGCACUACAGGGCCUAAGUGUCGCAAGUGUCUGCCCGGCUAUAUGUGGGAGGAUGGCUGCAAAUCUCGGGUGUGCGACAACGAGCUAAUGCGCUGCCAAAAUGGCGGCGUGUGCAUCAGCAACGUCCGCUGCAACUGCCCCUCGGCCUACACGGGCCUGCUGUGUGAGAAGCCGCGAUGCGAGUCCGAGCUCGGGGGUUGCCGAGGCGCCGAAUCGGGCCAGACCCCCCUGAGGCCUCUGUCCCCCGUCGGGCUCCUUCUUCUCCUGGGCUCGGCGCUUCUCUAAAGAGACAUGGUGGGAGCGAUUAAACUCCUAGUGCGCGCACACACACACACACAGCCUUCGCCCCAUUGACCCAUCCCCCUUUUGAAUAAUCAACAACCAUUCAAGCAGAACAAUCAUGAGCUUUGUGGACUGUACUGUACCAGCUUCUGAUGUGAAAAGGAAUGUGCCAGACAAAUGAGUCCCAAUUUUUUUUUUCCUUCAGUAUCAAAGAAUAUAUAUGAAAUAAAAUGUAAUGUAUACAUGUAUAAAUCAGAGAUAAUAUUACGUAUAAACAUAAGAGUACAAUGGAAAAUGAGCCUCAGUGCCCCAUCUGACUCCUCCUCCUCAUCCCUCCGCUAAGCCAUACAGGUGCUUAAACCUCCCUCUUGUUGGAGUGAAUAACCGAAGAUGACAUCCUCCAUUAUUGCCACGGCAACCACGGCUGCAACCAAUUGACUCGCACGAGCCAACCGCGGCUGCCGAGACCCCCUUUGGGAUGCUCCUGUAAGUUCAAUGCUGGCUUGACUGUUGAGGAAGACAAAUCAAAGAAAUAUUUCCCUCGGCCUCUUCAAUAUAGAACAUGGAGAACAAGCUCCUUGCCAGUGCAUUGUGGAUUUAAAAAAAAAAAAAGAAAAGAAAAAGAAAGUGCGCAGACUGCUUUUUUUUUGUGCCACAAACUUUCGCUCAAUCUGCGCCUUCAAGCUCAUGCUCCUCUUCCUUCUCCCCGCCAUGCUGCCACUGACCUGUGCUUUUGUGAAUGUUAUUCUGUAAAACCCUCGUUGGUUGAAGGAUUCUUGUUUUUUUAUUUUUGUUGUUGUCGUCAAAUGAUGGUGAUGCACAUGUGUAGGAAUCUUCUCUCUCGCUCUCUUUCUACCUUCCCUUCAUCUUUCCUCCUCUAAAAAGCGCCACUAAAGCUGUCUGAUUCUUUUCUAUUAGAGUCUCCGCUCUUUUAUCAGAGUCAGACGAUAGUUUUCCACACUACAAGUGGGUAGAAAAAUCAUCAGUGUAUUUACAGGUUCUCUUCUCAACUGAGCAAACAAAAGAAGCAAUGUUAUCCUUUUGUAUCUUUGCUGAACUGUGACAAAAAAAGGCAACAUUAAUGUAUACAACACCCAAAAUGCAAAGUUUUUCUUUUCUUUUUCUAACCCGUUCAUCCUUGUUUAAUAUUCAUUGUACGGGUCAUUCUCCUUUGUGUCAGCAACAUGCUGGAAUCAAAGAAUAUCGGUUUACAAACAGUAUUAAUAAAGUGUAUUUCAAUUCCCACCAAAGGACAUUAUAAAUGUUACG